CGCGCCGCCCCUCCAGCGGCCGCAGCCGGGCAGGGGGAAGAGGAGGUGGCUGCCGAGGCUGCGAGCCGAGCGAAGCCCGCGCAGAGCAGACGGGCCGGGACGGGGUCGGGGCUGGAGAAGGAAGCGAGGGGCCGAGCCAGGAACAAGAGGGACUGGAGGAUGUAGACAGAAAGCCAGAGAGAGAGAGAGAAAGAGAGAGAGAGACAGAAAUCGACAGAGCCGGAGAGACAGAGCGACUCGGAGAGACAAAGUGGCUGAGGAGAGGACGCCCGGCCCCGGCCCCUCAGGCCUGUCCGCCUUCCCCUUCUGUCCCAGGAGGCUCUUGGUGCCAGAAGCUAACUCCGUGCUAACCUGCUGACCCCUGAAAAAGGCUGAAGGAGAGGAGAUGGCCCAAAUUCUGCACAUGGAAGCUGCCUUCCCAGGGAAGCAUGGACCCACAUCACCCACAACUUUCCCAGGGAAGGAUCCAGAGCCCCCCUACUCAGUCGAGACUCCCUAUGGCUACCGGCUAGACCUGGACUUUCUCAAAUAUGUGGAUGACAUUGAGAAGGGCCAUACCAUGAAGCGGGUGGCUGUGCACCGGCGCCCUCGACUCGGCUCCCUGCCCCGAGGGACGGGCUCCUGGUGGACCUCAACUGAGUCCUUGUGUUCAAAUGCCAGUGUGGACAGUCGCCACUCUGCCUACUCGUACUGUGGCAGAGGCUUUUACCCCCAGUAUGGAGCCCUUGAGACUCGAGGGGGCUUCAACCCCCGUGUGGAGAGGACCCUAUUGGACGCCCGCCGGAAGCUGGAGGACCAGGCAGGUGGCGAGUACAGUAGGCCGCAGGCAGGUGGGCUGGGCAGCCUGACCCCCAGUGCGGCUGGCUCCACGGGCUCCCUGGCUGGGGCCGGGCUCCCCCCACGCCUCUUGUCCACUCACAAUGGUGGCACACCACUGAGCACCUCCGGGCUGUCCACGCCUGUGUCGCCCACGCCGGGCCACCUGCAGCACGUGCGGGAGCAGAUGGCGGCUGCCCUGAGGAAGCUGCGUCACCUGGAGGAGCAGGUGAAACUCAUCCCCAUUCUUCAAGUUAAGGUGUCCGUGCUGCAGGAGGAGAAACGGCAGCUCAGUGUCCAGUUGAAAAGCCAGAAGUUUCUAGGUCACCCCGGGGCCCGGGCUGGGGUGGGAGGCCAUGGCCGAGGGGAGCUCCAUCUGGACCUGCCGGACCCUGCUGAUCCCUUCUCCGACCUGGACGUGGAUGGGGAAAAGAAGGAAAGUCGCUCUGUGGGCGUGGGGCCAGAGGACGCCAGCAGCCAGAGAAGUGUGGGGACGUGGGUCCGAGAGAGGGACCUUGGGGCGCCCGAGGGCCAGGCUGCCCUGAACGCCAAGAUCGCCGUGCUGGAGACGCAGCUGAAGAAGGCCCUGCACGAACUGCAGCUGGCCCAAGGGCAGCAGGCGUCAGCCCCGAACCUCACUCCCGCCCCUGGGCUCACCCAGGAAGGCCCUGAGCUUCCCGAGGGGACAGGAGCCCCUUCUGGCCAGUAUCCCCCCAGUGACUCCCGGACCUGGCCACCACCAGAUGGGCCCAUCAGGGUCGACACGGUGAAGGUGGUUCAGGUACAAGGGGAGCCCAAGAUUGCCGCCAGCACGGCCACAGGCACCCCAGCCCAACGGGCCCAAAGCUUGGAGCCGUCUGGCCCCGGAGGGCUCCGGGCCCUGGUGACACGAAGUCCCGAGGGGAAUACCUGGAAGCAGCCCUCUGCAGCUGCGCACUGCACCCGGGAAGUGGUGGAGACCACCUUCCCAGGUCCGGUCAUUCCCGUCGUCCCUGCCAGCCUGACACCCAGCACCUUCCACGUGGCCAAGAAAAUCAGCAUUACCAGUGAGCCCUACCGAGUCGAGGAGAAAGAGCAGGAGACCGCCCCCAGCCUGGGCCCUGGCUGCAAUGGGCUGGCAGCUCCCUUUAGGGGCCUCAUUAAGCCUUCAGAGAUACCCCCAGUGCCAACAGCUACCCUUCCUACUCAGGCCUUGGGAGAGCCAAGAACAGUAUCUACCACCCACAGCUUUUCCAGGGAACAGAGCGGGAAUGUAACACUGUGUGGGAAGGAGGAAGCUGAGGAGGAUUCAGCAGCCCUACUGCAAGCGGGAAUCAAGUCCAUCAUGAAGAGGAAGGAGACCAGCACAGACCCUGUGUCCAAUAGGAAGAAUCUCCAGUUCAUAGGUGUCAAUGGCGGGUAUGAAUCUACGUCAUCUGAGGAUUCCAGCACGGCUGAGAACUUCUCAGACAAUGAGAGUACGGAGAGUGAAUACCAUGAAGCUAACGAAGGGCUCCCUGGGACCACAGAUGGAGGCCGGCCUAGGGGGUUGGGCUCCGUGGCAGAACCCAUCUGGGGAGGCAAGGCUGGAACUGUACAGAGAAAAGAGCCUGUGGCUGAGGCGGUCCCCAGCCCAAAGGCAGAUGAUGAGAUCAGGUUGGAACUGAGCUCAGAGCUCAUCUCUGCCUGCCUGACCCUGCAGAAGUACCUGGAGAAUCCAGAUGCCCUCACUGAGAAGGAGAUGAAAGCAGCAUACAGCACAGUGCUACAGGACUGGCUGAGGCUCUCCUGUCACAAGGAUGCCCACCCGGAGGUGGUCCGCAGGCACAUGGUCACCUUCCGGGCCAUGUCGCCCCAGCUGCUCCAGUUCAUCGUCAACAUGGCCGAUGGCAAUGGCAACACUGCCCUGCAUUACACUGUGUCCCACUCCAACUUUCCUGUGGUCAAGCAGCUGCUGGACACCGGCCUCUGCAAUGUGGACAAACAGAACCGAGCUGGCUACACAGCUAUCAUGCUGACUGCAUUGGCAGCCUUUCGGGCAGAGGGAGACAUGGACACCAUCCUGCAGCUGCUCAGACUCGGGGAUGUCAACUUCAAAGCCAGCCAGGCGGGACAGACGGCCCUCAUGCUGGCCGUCAGCCACGGCCGGAUCGACAUGGUCAGGGCUCUGCUGGCCUGUGCUGCCGACGUCAACCUUCAGGACAACGAUGGCUCUACCGCCCUGAUGUGUGCCUGCGAGCACGGCCACGUGGAGAUCGCCCGCCUGCUCCUGGCCGUGCCCGCCUGCAACGUAGCGCUCACCGACCACGAUGGCAGCACGGCCCUCUCCAUUGCUCUUGAAGCCGGCCAAAAUGACAUCGCUGAGAUGCUGUACACACACAUGCACUUGGCCAAGUCCUCGGGUGCUCCGAAGCAAACAACCAUCAAGAGUGCAGCUGUUUCAUCGAGCAACACUCAGAAGUGAUAGGACCUGCUGGCAGGACGGGGGACACAGGAUCCACAGUACCUGCCCAUCAGAGGGGAAAAAGGGAGGGUGUGGAGGAAAUGUUUGGGGCCCCUCGCCUGCCCUUGGGCGGGGAGCUAGCACUGUGCCAGAGUCAUCCUGUCCCAUGUCCCUGAGCCUGACUCCUGGCUCUAUAAUGCCCGUGUCCAAAGGGCAUUUGGAUUUUUGGAGACCUCCUUCUUCAGCCACCGAGAGACCCUCGUGGCAGGCGGCAGGGUUUGCAAUUUCUUAAUGCUUUUUUUUUCCUUUUUUUCCCAAAAUUUGCAAACUCAAGCCAAAGCAAAGAUGUCUGUAAUUGGAAAUGGAGUUCUGCUCCCAUUAUGCGUGAAUUAAGCAGAAAGGAUCUAGGUCUGAGCAUAGGGUGUUACCCCCAGGAACCAGCUUCAUAGGCACAGGAGACAUUGGAGUUUUAUGUAAAGCUGUGAGGGAGGCCUCUUUCAGAGAAAUAAGCUUGAAAUAAGGGAGAUGUUUGAGGAAGUUGUGAAAGAUUAUUUUUUUGUUUUUAAAUAAGAAAAAAAGCACUAUGUUAAAGCCUGACUUUUAUAUUAAGGAUUAAGCUUGAGCUUUCUAUUAGGGUUUUAUGAAGUUGUGCAUGGUUUGGAAUGGGAUUUUGCACAUCUGGCUGGCAUCCCCUCUGUCUGCCUGCACGCCUGUGGCCCGUCCACCAUAGAAGUGUGUUUUACAAACUUCUUUUUGUAUCUGUGUUUUUAUGCUGAGCAUAGUAGAGUCAGUCUGUAUCAGACUGGGAGGAGAACUUAGUCCUUUUCUCCCAGUCCUUUUUGCCCUUUCCCUGUCAGACCCAGGAGACAAGCCCAGGAUGCUACCAGAGACGAGGACGACAGAAGUUCUGCAUUCAGGGUCACGUCGAAUGUGCCGGAGCUCAGCAGAGGAGCCAGAGGUAGCAGAAAGAGCUGGGCAUCUCGGCACAGCACUCCAUUCCUUAGAGCACUAGGCAAGGGACCUUCGAGGUCCGCUUGUCCAAUCUGACAGUUUUAUAGAUAGGAAGAUGAAAUUAGAUCCAGUGGCAAGACCCAGGUCACAGAUACCUCACUGGAAACAUUGCCCGACCAGAAAGGCAGAGAUGAGAGUAGAUGAGCAUCAGGCAAAAAAUAAUGCCUUAAAGGUAAAGAGCUGUUCUUAGGUCUGCUGGUCAGGGUUUACGUGUGACUAGUGACUGCCAGGGCCCAGUGGCUCGUGGGGCCAGCUUGCCAGGCCAUUUGGACAGAAAGGUUUAUAAAAGAUGAACGCUUUUUAGUACCCCUGCUCCUUUGUCUGUGACUUGGGUAAAAGAAGUUUGAGAAAACUAAUGUUGUGGAAGUAUGUGCUCCUCCACCACUUGUCCUGCCUCUGGAACCACAAGCUACUCCUUCUUCCUUGGUGAUUUCAGGGGAAAAGCCUUAAGCCAGGAAACAAAUUCCUCAUCUAUGACUGUGCCUAGUGUACAGCAGAUAAACUCCCAGCCCAGCAUCUGUCCUGCCAUUCACCUCAGCCAAUUUGUAUUGAGUUAUUUCACUGCCUUGGGAUUGAGAGAUCUGAGGACAGAAACCUCUGCCAGUCUGUUUUGGGUUUUUUUUUUACACAGCAUAGUAAAGAAAAUAAACUGACCAGAAAUGUUGGCCCCUUUCCCAGGAUCAGAGUUUCUGUGCUAGAUUUAACCUGAGUGGUUAGGAUUUCAAACUGACCGUGUUAAACAAGAGGUUGCCAUGUGCGAGGUGGAAAGGGUUUGGGCUUUGCUUGGCUUUUUAAAUUAAAACUGAAAGGAUGGGGAAGUGGGCAGCCUGAUUCUUGUCCAGUGUUAUCAUGCCCUGAUGGAUGUCCAACAAAGGUGACAGCCCCUGGCUUUCACUUAAGAAAUGGUACGUGUGUGUGUGUGUGUGUGUGUGUGUGUGAGAGAGAGAGAGAGAGAAUUUGUGUUUGUGCCCACAUGGUUGUUUUAAACUCUUAGAGACGGCAGACACUUGCCUUGCAGCAUGUGCCACUCCCCGGACAAGUCCAUAUUUAUCUGUUUUGUACAGUCCCAAACAACUGGCUUGGCCCAGUGUGCUGUGGAGGUUGGCAUUUUGGUUUUGUGUUCCUGCACUCAGUUAUAUACAUGGGUCUAUUCUCACUAUCCUGCAUUGGUAUUUCCAUAAGACAGUAUUACACAUAAAUAAAGUAUUCAUUUUAUAAUCUUAAAAAAGUAAAUGAAUAAAGCUUUCUAAAGUUA